UUGGCUGGGCCAGGGUCCGGGAGUUCUCGCGAGAGCGAGGGAGCGGCGCGAGCGGGAGAGCGGCCGGCUGGAGCCGCGGGCUGGGCGGGAUGGAGGAGUUGGACGUGGAGCCUUCGGUCACUCUGAUCCCCGAAGUGGACUCUGACAAGAAACAGUUAUGCUUCGAGUGGGGACCUGGGGAGAUGCUGGUUUGUGAAACAUUGUUUGGAUCUACAGAAAAUAAAGAGAAAAGUCCAAGCUGUCCCUAUGUCUACAUUGUUCGCAAAGAUCAAGACGUGUACUCUCAGACUUUGAGAAAGCUUUUCAACGAAUCACAUGGAAUCUUUGUUGGACUCCAGAAGGAUGAGAAAGAAAAGUCUGGGAAAUCUAGGACUGCUCAGUAAGUGGUCUUCCACGUCUUGAUUCUGUGCAACUAUCCAAACAGCAUCCAUAAUAUAUCUGUGAUACAUUGUAACUCAGUUCUCAACCCAAAUUAUACAGUACUGUGUAUUUGCUCACAUUAAAGUUUUACUACAUUUGGUACUCACAGGUGGAUGAAUAUAAAAUUGCAGCCUCAGAGGAUUAUCCUUGUUAGAUCUUGAUGUUUAGUCUUCUGACUUCUUCUUCUUCUUCUUUUUUUUUUUUUUGAAUGCAU